UUCCGUGCGUGCUUCUCCGCCGCAUUCGCUCCCUUCCCGCCAGUUUUAAGUUUCAUUUCCAGCUGCGACUGCUGCUUCCUCUUCUCCCAGCUUUUCCCCGAAGUGAAACCAGCUUUCGAAUAGCAGAGUGCCAGCCAUGGAUCCCCAGCGCGGAAAAGCGACGCGGACAGCUCCGAAGGCUAGAGCCUGCGCAUCCAAGGCCUCGGCGCCGAGUGCGAAGGGCGCCGCGAGGAAGCCCAACGAGUCUCCGGUUGUUCCCGCAGCUGCCCGGCCCAACGCGCAGAGGCGCGGAUCCACCAGGUCGUCGAGAUCCCAGCAGAAAGAGAGCGCCCCUGGUCCCCAGGAGAGGCCGCCCGCGCGCGCGCGGUGUGCGGGCGCCAAGAAGGCGCCUCUGAGCGCUGAGGACGCGGUGGACGGGCAGGAGGGUCUGGCGGAGGGGCCGCUGCCUCCUGCGGCCAUGCGGCCGCCGCUUUCCAGGGAUGGAUCUCGCCGCACGGAGGGCGCGCGGUCCGCUCCGGGGCGGAGACCCUGUCCCGCGCCCGCGGUACUCCACGGCCCCGACCCGCUGGUCGCAGCACGUAUUCUCGGCGGGAAGGAGGCGCCGCCCGGCACCUGGAAGCUCCAGGCCGUGCUGGAGAAGUUGAGGCUGAGACGCCAGGAAAUCUCAGCGGCUGCGGAGGUUGUAAACAGGGUCGUGAACCACUUGCUACGAAGAGUGCAGAGCUUCGAGUCCGAGUUUAAAGAUGUCACGCUGCUGCGCGCCGGGAGUUACUACGAGCAAGUGAAGAUUUCUGCUCCUAAUGAAUUUGAUGUUAUGUUCAAACUGAGUCUCCCCAGAAUUGAGCUUCAAGAAUAUGGCGACAGUGGUGCUCAUUACUUUGUGAAGUUCAAAAGAAAUCCCAAAGGAAAUCCUCUAAGACAGUUUUUAGAAGGAGAAUUUUUAUCAGCUUCUAAAAUGCUGUUGAAGUUUAGGGAAAUCAUUAAAGGAGAAAUUAAAAAUAUUAAAGAUACAGAUAUCAAAAUGGAGAGGAAGAAGAGAGGGAGCCCUGCUGUAACACUUCGUAUUACAAAACCUAAAGUAAUAUCUGUGGAUGUAAUCUUGGCAUUGGAAGCAAAAGCCAACUGGCCACCUAGCACCCAGGAAGGCUUGCCCAUCAGUAACUGGCUUGGAAGAAAAGUUAGGAGAAGUCUAAGACAGGAGCCGUUUUACCUGGUACCCAAGCAUGCAAAGGAAGGAAAUGAUUUUCAAGAAGAAACAUGGAGACUCUCUUUCUCUCAUACUGAAAAGUACAUUUUGAAAAAUCAUGGGCAAUCUAAAACAUGCUGUGAAGCUGAGGGAGUGAAGUGUUGCAGGAAAGAUUGUUUAAAACUAAUGAAAUAUCUUUUAGAAGAAUUGAAAAACAAGUUUGGAAACCAAAGGUGCCUGAAUGAAUUCUGUUCUUAUCAUGUGAAAACUGCCUUCUUGCACAUAUGUACCCAGCAACCAUAUGACAAUCAGUGGCAAGUCAAAGACCUGGAACACUGCUUUGAUCACUGUGUGGCAUACUUUCUUGAGUACCUCAGGACAGAACAUCUUAAGCAUUUUUUUAUUCCUGGAGUAAAUCUAUUCUCUCCAGACCAAAUUAAGAAAAUGAGUAAAGCAUUUCUGUCAAAGGAAAUUGAAUAUCAAAGAUUGAAGGGAUUUCCACUUUUUCAGUGAGUUUUGAAAUUACAUUUUUAGAAAGAAUCAAGAAUUAUAGUGACUUUAUAAUAAUUAAAUGUUUGAAGUUUGUCACAGCAAUGAUUAAUGAAAAAAUAUAAAUAAUUACUCAGUUUUCAGUUUGUCUUACUAAACUCUAAUUAGUAUGAAAGGGUUGAUUAUCCUAGUUAAGAGAUUAGUCAAGGAAUACAAAGCAAAAGAGUACUUAAAAUCUAAAAACUUUACCAGAUUGGAAUGAAAAGGAGAGAAUACAUAUCACCUUAAUUAAAAUCGUCAAGUACUUAUUGAUUGCCAUGUCUCGCCUAGCACAAAUGUGUGGAAGGUUGCAAGAGACAAUAUUAGAAAUGAUUAUCGCCUCCAUAAAUCUGGUGGGCUUUGUUCAAUGUACAAAUAUACUUGGAAACCAUGUGGUAAGAUAGGUAAGAAGGAAAUAAAAAAAGUUCUACAUUGUCUCUACAUGUCUCAGGAAAUUCAUAAUCUUAUAGGAUAAUAUUGAGUAAUUUAAUAUAUGUGGCUAAAUAUAAAACUUAUAACUUAUUUUCUCUUAUUUAUUUUUAUUGUUUCCACUUUUAUGUGUAUUUCUGAAAAGGCAAUACAUACACAUGGUACAAAACUCAAAGAAAUGGGUAUGAGAUAAGAAUGUCACCCACUUUCUUCUGUGCUUGGGUAGCAUUUAACCUAGUGGCAGCUGCUGUUUGCUAACUUUUUCCUAUUCCUAUAUUUCACUUUUUCUUUUUGGGUAUUUUAUUGUUUUCUCAUUGUUUUGUAGAAGUUCUUUAUAUAUUUUAGAUACAAUCAAGUGCUACAUAAUGACAGACCACAUAUAUGACAGUGAUCCCACAAGAUUAUAAUGGAGCUGAAAAAUUCCUAUCACCUAGUGACAUUGUAGCCAUGGUAACGUCAUAGCACAGUGCAUUACUCUUGUGUUUGUGGGGAUGCUGGUGUAAACGAACCUUUGCCACCGGUUGUAUGAAAUUAUAGCACAUGCAGUUAUGUACAGUACAUAAUAUUUGAUAAUAAAUGACUGUGUUACUGGUUUAUGUAUUUACUAUACUUUUUAUCAUUAUUUUAAAGUGUACUCUUUCUACUCAAAAAAAAAAGUUUACUGUAAAACGGUAUGCUGUGUUAUACUGGCAGUAGCCUCAUACAUCUCAUGUUUACCAUGUCUCUUGAUUACAUCAUUUUCUUGUGCUUAAUUUAAUCUUGUGUUUUAUGAAUUUAAGAUGGCCUAAGUUUACAGUGUUUAUAAAGUCUACAGUAGUAUACAGUAAUGUCCUAGGCCUUCUCAUUCAAUCACUACUCACUGUCUCACUCACAGCAACUUUCAGUCCUGAAAGCUCCAUUCAAAGUAAGUGCCAUAUACAAGUAUAUCAUUUUUUCUUUCAUACUGUAUUUUUUACUGUACCUUUUUUAUGUUUUGAUUUACAAAUACCAUUGUAUAGUUGCCUACAGUAUUCAGCACAGUAAUAUGUUGUACAGAUUUGUAGCCUAGGGCUAAUAGGUUAUAUAUUUUAUAUAGCCUAAGUGUAUAGCAGGUUACCUCAUCUAGGUUUCUACAAUUGUGCUCUAUGAUGUUCUUACAGUGAAGAAAUUGCCUAACAACGCAUUUCUCCGAAUGUAUACCCACUGUUAAGCGGCGCAUGACAGUAUUUGAUGCUUUAUUGGUUGUCUACAUAACAAAUAACUUCUCCCACUGUCUGGAUUGUCUUUACCAUUUCUAUUUUAGUAAACAAGUUUUAAAAUUU